CAAAGCAGACGGACCACUAGCCUCAGGCCUGUGGGGGGCGAGCGAGUGUCCCUUCUCUGACCCUGACCCGACUUUGGCUGUUGCAGGUGUCAGCGUGAUGUGUGCAGGCUGUGACACGGGAUGUGAAAACACAAUGGAAGCACAAAGCAAUGCCAGCUGAGUGAGUCCCUGUCCUCCGAGCUUGACCUGCCUCCAGCAGCUGCUACAGAACGGCAGAGGCCACUGGAGACCCACUUCGUUCCCAGGGUCUGUAUGUGCCGGGGAUCCCCAGUUGGUGUUCAGAACUAACGAUGGGUGAGCCCACAACUGCACCCCACACACUGUCCCAAACUCAGAGACUCCUUCUUGGUCAAUUUACUCCACUCUCAGACUUCAGAAUCCCUUUGAUGGCAGUGGGUCCUGGGAGUGUUCUAGCACUUUCUAUGCCUCAGCUCUCUGUCCUCUCCACCCCCGUUCCACCCUGCAGCUCUCCCCAGUCCCUCUGGUGGUGCUGGUGGUAAUGCACGAUGGCGUCUUUCUGAGAUUUUGGCCCUCAGGGUCCCCUGGCGUCACUCAGCAGCACCCCUUCUAGGUUUGGGGUGCCCUGUCUGGCGCUCGCACUGUGGCUCCCCUGUGAAUGGGAACAAGAAAUUUAUCCACAUGAAGAAAUGUAGUUGUCAUGGAUGAGUGCCCACCUCCCACUGGACAGAGCCAGAAGGCACGGGACGUUGUCGUUCACCUGCCCCGCGGAAGUCCACUCGGCACCCUGCACUGUCCGCUGAAAGCGUCUCCGAGCGAUUUGCCCUCCAGGCCCCUCCUCCAUGCUGCCCCUGGCACUGGGGCUCAUGGUGAGAGUUGGGCCCCCCACAGACUCCCAGCUAAUGAGAAAAUUCCUCCACUCUCCGUAUCCAGGACCCGACCUCCCGAGACAGACCCUUUUGUGUCCAGCGUAUCCCCAGCUGCGGCCAUGAGGCGCCGUCCAACUCGAGACCCUGGGGAAGCCCGCCUCCCAAAACGGAUCACUAGGUUAUUGGCCAGAAGCCGGGAGGCCAGCAGAGGAAAUACGAAGAACCGGCUCAGACAGCAGCUACUUUCUCUCUGGGAGGCGCCCGAGGAAUCUGCCGUGUCUCCUCCGGGAACGGACAAAAGGAAGAAAAAGUCCCCGCAACUAAAAGUACCCAACAGACUGCACCUUCUUUUUGUUGAUUGUUCCGUUUGUUCUGUUCUGUCACUAUUCAACCAGGGCCAUCCUACUACCCCACGCAGCCUCCCUGUCCCCGCGGUCCCAUCCCACACGUGUUCAUUACAUGACUCCAGUCAGCUUGGGCUGCUGUUUGAGCCAAAUGUUCAGCCUGCUUCGUGGCCACUCGCCACCGGUCCCUGUGGCCACCGCAGGAGGGUUUGGGCUGCUGCAGGCUGCCCUGCGCCAGGAGGGAGCAGCCUGGCCUCUGAGACGGAGGGGAGUGGACUCCAUCAGCCUGAAGGGCUGGCCGCUCCCACCAGUGGACGAGCUCCCUCUUCACCCUGGGCCCACAAUGGACCAGCCAAGUUGCCGGCAGCAGCCUCAGCACAAGUCUUGAUGGACCAACUUGUACUGCCUUCCCAGCAGGCUCUGGCAUCUAGUAAAUUCUGUUCCUGCCAACCAUCCUUGCUCAGCUAA